CCUAGUAAAUUUCAGUAUAUAACCUUAACCACAUUUCUCUUUUCUUUUUAGCAUUUUUUAAAUGCAAUUGUCUGUUUAAAAGAAGGAAGAAAAAGGUUGGAAAUUCUAACCUGAAUUAAGAGAGAAUAUAAUUUGAUUUCUUUCAAUGGAAAGAUAAGAUGACUAGUAAGGCAGGAGAGUGGAAUGUGCGUGAGGUAGCAGAAUGGUUGGAUAAAAAUGGAUUUGAAACAUACAUUCCUCUUCUCUGUGAUAAGCACAAAAUUGAUGGAAAAGCACUUCUUGUCAUGACUGAAUUAGAUUUGAAGCAGCCUCCUCUUGAAUUACAGGUUUUGGGAGAUAUAAAACGAUUGUCAAUUGCUAUUAAUAAGCUAAAACAGUUGAACCAAGAGACACUUGCUGAGCUUUUUCCACUUGUGGAUCAGCCUCCUUCUGUCUUGCCAUGUAGUUAUCAAGGACGAAGUGGAAGACGACGAAGACGAUACAGUAGUGAAUCCCCUGAGCACUUCAUCCGACAUAGAGAUUUUAGUACAGAAACAGAUGGUGUUUCAAGUUUUAAUAAGAAGUUCAAGCCUGAAAUAUGGAAGACGAUUGUUGCAAUGAUAUAUUUUUUGGCAGUGACCUGGAUUACUGCCAUUACGAUGGUGAUAGUUCAUGAUCGUGUGCCAGAUAUGAAAACCUAUCCUCCUCUACCUGAUAUCUUUUUAGACAAUAUGCCUUUUAUACCAUGGGCUUUUGGAAUGUGUGAGUUCACAGGAGUUGUACUGGCCUGUAUAUGGAUUACGAUCAUGAUAUUUCACAAGCACAGGUUUAUUUUAUUAAGAAGAAUGUUCUCAUUGUUUGGUUCUGUGUUUCUCUUGAGAUGUAUAACUAUGCUGAUUACAUCUCUCUCAGUGCCUGGAACACAUUUAGACUGUCAAAGGAGGCCUCAUGGUAACUGGAGCCAGAAACUACACGAAGCCUUCAUGAUUUGGGAAGGUGUAGGGAUGUCUAUUCAAGGUGUAAGGACAUGUGGAGAUUACAUGUUCAGUGGACAUACUGUUGUAUUAACACUUCUAAAUUUUUUUAUCACAGAAUAUUCUCCACGAACAUUAUAUUUUCUGCACACCACCACAUGGGUUCUUAACUUGUUUGGUAUAUUUUUUAUUCUUGCUGCUCAUGAGCAUUAUUCUAUUGAUGUGUUUGUAGCAUUUUACAUUACAACUCGUUUGUUCCUUUAUUACCAUACCUUGGCAAAUAACAGAGCUUUGAUGCAGGAUGAUGGAAGACGGGCCAGAAUAUGGUUCCCACUCUUCACGUUCUUUGAAGGUGGCGUAGAUGGUAUUGUACCUAAUGAAUAUGAAUGGCCUUUUAAGUUUCCAAAUAAUUUAAAAAUUAGCAUUUGGCAAAAUAAACAAAAACAUUCCAAAACAUUUUAAGGUAUGAUAAUUCAGUGUGUGUUUGUGUGGUAUUACUUAAGUUUGAAAAGUUUAUAUUAUAGUUUUGUAUAUGGAUUCUCCAUAACUGAGGGUAAUGGAGUUUUUCAGAAGUCACACACUGUUUGUUUGUGUGUGUAAUAUUUUGGAUACCCAUUGGUAGAUUUUGCAUAAUAAAAAAAAAUAAGAAAAAAGUGCAUAUUUGUUUUAUUUAUCUGGCACUUGAAAACGAUGUCAAUAAAUUAACUUUACGCUUUCACUGCUGAUUGUACAUUGUGCAGGUUAUUUCUAGCUAGAACUACUGAGCUUUUUGUUUCUUUUUUAGCACACAUGAUAAAUGUAUAUUUGAAAAAGUUGACUCAUGGGAAAAUGAUAUGGACCAUAGUUAUGCCAACUAUGGUCCUGUAUAAAAUUCACAGAAAUGGUUGUAGUGUUCCUGAUGGUCCUUAUUUUUUUAAGUUCAGUUAGACAUUAGAAUAGGAUUUAUUUCAGUUAAGACACUAGAAUAAAUGUUUGUGCAAUUAUGAAAAAAAAGCUAUGAACAAUUCCUAAAAUAAAUAUUUAGAUUUUUGAAGUAGGUUUAAGAAUAAAAUAUUGUAUUUUCAAAUGUAUAUACUAUCUGUUUAUUUUAUUUUAUGAACUUAUAUAAACUAGUUUACAGUUUACAUCUCAGCAUUAUUCUGCAGUUCUUAUUACAGUUAAAAAAAAACAAACUCGAGGAGCUUUAUGCUUGGAGUUUGAAAGUUAACUCACUAGAACCCUUAGCUGGGUUCUUAGUUAAGUUUGUGUUAUCAACGUGUCUAAUGGUAGAUGAAACAUUAAAAAACAAAUGCCACAGACCUAUGUUCUUUAUCCUUCACUAAACAAAUCUAGUUAAUAUUUUUACUAUAGGACUGAUUCCUUUGGAUCAUACAAUUUAAGACCACCUUUUUUCUUAAUUAUUGCCCUGUAACAACACAUUAGGCUUGAAAGCUAAUCAUUAAAUUCAGUUAAACUUACAUUCAUCUUAAAUAAAAAAAACAUAAUAAUAAUAAAGUUUUAAAAAAUAAUUAGAUGUUGUAUUUCAAUUCUGUUGUAAUGGAGAAUUCAAUGAUAAAAUGUUUUUUGUAUCUAUAUUUUAAGCAACUUUUGAAAGUUGAUUAUAAAGAAAGUAAAGAUAUUUAUCACAAGUAAUGAAAUUCUGCUUGUACUGUAAUAUAUUUGCAUAUCUUUUAUAGAAUGGAUUUAUGCUAUUUUUCGAGACAUAAAUGAAUAAAUGCUUUAUCUGAACUUUUAUUGAAGUCUUAUGUAAAGAAAAAUAUUGAAGUUAAAUUCCUCUGGAAUGUUGUGAAUGCCCAUCGUAAUUUGAAGUUGUCUUUUAGAAAAGACAAAGAUAAUUAUUAUGGUUAAGGCAAUAUUAUAAAAUGUUUUCCAAAGCAGGAAACUGAAACUUUUUUUUUAAUUCACUAUAAUAUGCACAGACAUAACUUUGAUGUUAUUCGACAGUUUAAUAUAUGCUUCAUUCUGUUGAAAGAUUUAAGACUCAUUGAAGAUAACAGUAUGAUGUUGCUGAAACUGCUUAUUAUUUAAAUACUUGU